AUGGCUUCCCUAAUCAAUACCGCCCUCCAGCUCGUCGCUCGGGAAAAUCCCAAGCAGUACGAAGAUUGCACCGUGGAAACCUGUCCCAUCGACACCUCAUACUACUUCUACCGCGUAUCUCUCGGCGCAAACGCAACCUUCAUCGCCCUCUUCUCCCUCUCAUUCAUCGGCUUCGUCGCCGUCUAUGGCUUCACCCGCCGAGCCACAGCCUUCACAGUCGCCAUGUUAUGCGGUGUAAUACUCGAAGUAAUCGGCUACGCAGGACGAAUCAUGAGCUGGCAAAACCAAUGGAAAGAGCCUGGAUUCCUGAUGCAAAUCGUCUGCUUGACAAUCGCGCCCGCCUUCAUGGCUGGUGGGAUUUACCUUUGUCUACGUCGAAUCGUCUACGCAUUCGGCCCCGAGAACUCUCGAAUCAAACCCGAAUCUUACACCCGAAUCUUUAUCCCCUGCGAUCUCCUAUCCCUCCUCCUCCAAGCCGCCGGUGGCGGUAUCGCAUCUGCGAAAUCUCACGCCCACGAAGACCCCGCCCUCGGCGACAACAUCAUGGUAGCCGGCCUCUCGUUCCAAGUCUUCACGCUCCUCGUCUUCAUGGUCCUCUGCGCCGACUUCGCCCUGCGCACAUUCCGCCGCUACAAAUCCAUGGGCGAAUCCGCGUUCGACCAAAACCCGCAGUUCAUCGCGGCCCGCAACUCGAUUAAAUUCAAGGGUUUCCUCGUGGCGCUCACACUGGCCACCAUCUGUAUUUUCUGGAGAAGUGUGUACCGUGUUGCGGAGCUAGCCGAGGGCUGGGAGGGUCAUCUGAUCAAACAGCAAUGGCUUUUCGUAGGCUUCGAGGGCGUGAUGGUUAUUGUUGCGUGUGCUGCGUUGAAUGUUUUCAACCCCGCUUUUGCGUUCCCAGGGGGGAUGGAGGGCGCUGGUGGUUUGGGUACGAGUAAGAAGAUGAGGAGGGAGAGGGAGGCGGAGAAGGUUGUUGAGAGAAGUGAGAGUGAUGAUAAUGGGAAGAUUUCUACUGUUGUUUAG